AGGGAAUCUGAUACUUCGACUCUCGCUUCAUAAUGAUUUUCUACAUAGGAAUUACGUUUUACACAACCCUGAUUUUGACAUUCAAUCUAAUGAUGGUUUAUGCAAUUCCUGUGCCCGCGGGUAUUCCAGAAUCGCAAAUGCAAAAGAUGAAGAAAGCAUCAAAGAGUAUGGAUUCAAGCGCUUUAAAGUCAAAUCUGUAUGAAAAAGCUGCUCGAGCAGCCUCUGCUGUAGGGAUGAAAGGUCAAGCUAAAAAAUGGACGGGUAAAGCUGCAGAGCAUAUAAAUGCAUGGGAUCAGCAUUUAGAAAAUUUGAGUAUCGCAGUCAAUACACCUGACUUUAUGCACGAACAUAGAGGAGCAAAAUCCCAUCAAGAGCUCUAUAUGGCUACCAAUAAGGCUAUGCGAAAGCUAGGUCAUGCAGUAAUGAUCUUGAAAAAACUUACGCUCUACUUGACGCUACUGCUGUACUCCGGUAUUGGUUGCAGUACUGUAAAUUCUCUUCCUGCUACUGGUACACAAACGGAAUCACAAUUUCAAAAAAUCAAAAAAGCAUCUAGAGGUAUGGAGGCAAAUGAAGCAAAAGCUAAUUUAUGCAUGGUAGGCAGUUCUUUAGCCUCUUGUGUUGGUUUACAAAGUAUUUCAAGAAAAUUAGUGGAUAAAAGUGUUCACCAUCUCAGCAGAUGGGGUAGACACAAAGCAAACCUUAGAGAAGCGGUUGAGGCAGUAGAUACAACUCACGAAUUUGGAGGUGCAAAGUCCCAAAAAGCGCUUCAAGAUGCUAUUGAAAAAGGUAAAAAAAGGCUCGAGUAG